ACAAGUGAUACCGCCCAGCACUUGGGCGAAGAACUCAGUUGAAACCUUGCGCUGCUUCAGUUGGUGUCGAGAGGUGAUGUAUUCAGACGUACUUCAUUCAUGGGAUUUGUGAAUUAGCGAAGAGACAAGAGAAAAUCCAGCAGUUAUUUUGGUCCCGAAAAACUCAGCGAGUGCCCAUGGAGGCAUUAUUAUUUCUUCUGCUGGCGCUCCCGGUCUGCUUGUCAGGUCCGGUGAACUGGCAGUAUGACGGUAGGACCAAUGACGUCACAGAGGGCAGCGCGUAUUGCUCGACACAUUGCACGGGUCUCGGCAGAUUCCAGUACGAGGUCGGCAAGACCUACCGCUACAACUACGAGGUGGUCACCUCGACCAGCAUGCACGGCGCCAGCGAAGACGUGGCCAGCACGGAGGUCAAGGCCAUGGUCAACAUCCUCGUGGUCUCCAAGUGUGAACUGGUUCUCUCGUUGUCAGGGGUCACCAUUACAAGAUCUGACCCCAACAACCCAAGUAUGAAACCUGUUACAGAUCAGGGUUUCAAAUCAGCGCUAGAGGGCAACAGUCUGCGCUUUUCUUUCCAAGAUGGCCGAAUAGAAGAUGUGUGUCCUGGUGAAAAUGAGGAAACUGCAUCUCUGAACUUCAAACGAGGAAUCUUGUCAGCUUUCCAGAACAGCAUGACACAAAAUGAAAGAGAUGAAAGCAUGAAAGAGGUCGAUGUUGUUGGUACCUGUCCCACAAGUUACACUGUGUCACAGAAGGGAACACGGGCUUUCCAUUUUGUAAAAUCUAAAGACCUGUUAGGAUGUACAGACCGCCACAGUUACAGAACAUCAUUGAAAUCUACAGCACAUUAUAUUCCAGAUACUAUCCAGUCAUCUGCUCUUCUGAAAGGAAACCACAAAUGUACUCAAGUAGUAUCUAAAGAAGGAUACCUUCAGUCAUCCACAUGCUUGGAGUCUCUGGUGUUCAGACCUUUCUCUAAGCAAGAGGCAGGUGCUAGAACAGAAACAACACAAAAACUGACUUACUACAGUGCUAGCAAUGAUUUGAGAACAGUACAAGAGGCUGUAUCAAGUAGGACAAGUCUUCUAUUUGAACACACAACAAGCAUGAACAAUGAUGGAACUUUGUGGUCUGUAAGGGAGAAAUUGACAGAACUUUGCAGGAUAACCCUCAAUGAUUUUCCAGCAGAAGUUCCUUCCCUUUAUACUGAUUUGAUCUAUCUAAUGAGAAAUUUGGAUAGUUCUGAAAUUACAGAUAUUGUUGACAAACUAUUCAGAAAGAGUAUUUGUGAGGAAAAUAACGACCUUGCCAGAAAAUUUCUUCUAGAUGCUAUUCCAAUGGUAGGAACCUCUUCCUCUGUUGAUGUAAUGGUUCAGAUGCUUUUGUCUGGCCAAGUGAUUGGCACACAGGGAGAAAUGUGGAUACAGUCACUGCAUUUUAUCCAAAACCCUACUUCAGAAAUGUUACCUUUCCUUAAGAAACUACUCAUGUCUGAAAAUCACCAGAAGUUGUCUGCCCUGCCUGUGACGUCUCUAAUUAGAAAUCUGUGCAGCAAGGGUACAGACUGUUUAUACAGCAAAAACAUAGAAGAAAUAGUGAAUGUGUUAGGGAGCAUCAUCAGUAAUAGAUGCCAGUCAGAUGACAAGGAGCUGAUGUUGAUUAUCCUGAGAGCUAUUGGCAAUCUGGGAUUUGCUGAUCGUCUGGUUCCAGCAUUAGAAAAGUGCGUCAAGCUAAACACUAACACCAUGAACAUCAGGGUGUUUGCAGCCCAGGCUUUCAGGGGCGUCACUUGCAAUGUUGAUAGAAAGUCUCUCAUGGAUACAUUCAUGGAUACAAAUGAGGAUUCUGAGCUUAGGAUCACAGCAUACUUAGGUGUGAUGCAGUGCUGGAAUGAAGACAACCUAGUACUGGUGAAGCAGACCCUGGAGAAAGAGACAACAAAUCAGGUGGGAUCUUUUGUGUGGACACACCUGACCAACCUGCUUGAGACCUCCAGCCCUCAUAAGCAAGCACUCAGGGACAUCCUGAAUGAUGAGAAGCUGAAGAAGGAAUUCAACCUGGACAAAUGGAAGUUCUCGAGGAACUACGAAGUUUCAUUUUAUUCUGACAAGUUUGGCUUGGGUACUACGGCUGAGAGCAACAUGAUUUGGUCUGCUGAUUCUUUUCUACCCAGAUCUGCAAUGGUUAAUUUGACGGUGGACAUGCUCGGACACAGUAUUAAUUUUGUUGAGGUGGGAGGUCGUGUUCAAGGGUUAGAUGCUCUGCUGCAAAACUAUUUGGGAUCCAAACUUUUUAAUGGUGAAAAGGUCAAGGACAGUUCACCCUCUAGUUGUGUUAAAAAAGAGAAAAUGGAGAAAAUGAAAAACCAGUUCAGUGUUGAUAAAGAUGACUUCACAGCAUCCAUGUACAUCCGGAUGUUCGGCAACGAGAUUGGCUUCCAUCACUUCCAAGAGAACGAGAUCAGCUCCUUACCAGAGAAGCUGAAGUCCAAGUUCAGCCUGGAGAGUUUGUUGAAGGGGGAUGAAAUCAGCUACACCCAGAACGUUUUGUUCCUUGAGUCCCAGAUGGCCGUGCCGACGGUCGCUGGUCUACCUCUGACCCUGAGUGUCAACGGAACGGCUAACGUUGAUCUGCAGGUGCAGGGAAUUCUAAGCAUGAAAACAUUUUCCUUGAAGAAGCUUCAAACAAAGUUUGAUAUAAGACCAAGUGGUGCCAUCCAGCUGUCAGGCAUGAUGAGUGUUGGCGCUGGCGCAACACGCUCAGGGUUAAAAAUGGUUUCCCAGCUACACACAAGCACAUCAGUAGCGGGGAAGUUUGAACUCAAGGAUGGCCAAGUUUUAACAGCUGAGUUGGAUACUCCGAAAAAGAACAUGGAUGUCUUCAGUUUCAAGUCAGAGUUUUUCAUUCUUCACGACACAGUGGAAAAAAAGCAGGAGAUGUUAAAAGACAAGAAAGUCAGCGUCCAAUCAUGCUCCUCAAAUACAUUCCUAAAAUUUGUCGGCUAUGAACUGUGUGGCUCCAUCUCCUACAUCAAUGCCUCGGCUGUCGGUAACAUGCCUUACUUCCCAUUUACUGGGCCUGCUAGCAUCAAGUUUACUGUUGCCAACAAAGAUGUACCAAACGGAUUUAAAAUGUCUGGGAAACAAAUUCAGAAUCCAGCAUCUUCAACUGCCCAGUUAUCCAUAGAUACACCUGGAUCCAAGCAAGACAGAAAGAUCAGCAUCAGUUACUAUGUAGAUAAACAAGACAAGACAGCUGAAGCAGAGUUUAUCUCUCAAUGGAGGAAAGUCUCCCUAAAGGGAACUUACUUUACUGAGCCUAAUCGAGCCUUGUCUGCCUCUGUCACUGAUAAUGGAAAAGAGUAUAAAGUUUUGAUUCAGGCUUCAAAAGUAGUAUCAAAAUCAAAGACUGUAUGGAAACCAACUCUGGAUAUUACUGUUCCUCAAGAUGCAAAUCUAAAAAUAAUGAACACAAACUUGGAGAAGUUGUCAGUAACUGGCACAGUUGAACUGGAUACACAACUCAAAGAUAUAAAAACAGAUUUCAGUUUCAGUGCUGGCAACAUCCCAUUCAAUUUAGACUUAAAUGGUAACUUUAUAAACAAGGAACAACAGAAAACUUUAGCAGGGACCGUGUCUUGGGACAAAGCAAACAGCUACUCAGCCACUGUACAACUCCUGCAGAAAGUCUCCAAUGCUAAAUCAAAGUCUGGGCAGUGGGAGCCAACCAUCCUCAUCUCAGACGCAACCAAUCAGAUGUUCUUGCUCUCAGGGAAGAUAAAUCACGUGGAAAAUCGUAGUCUUCAAGGAGAUUUGCAAGUGAAAAUGGACAGAGUUUUAAGCCAGCCAAUCAGCUUAGAUUUUCUGCAGACAUUGAAGAAAAGGACACAAAACCAAGAAUUUCAACUUAAUACCAACUUAAAAAGUCAGUUUAUCACCCUCUCAUCAAAUGCCAGUUUUGUCAUCCCAGCUGCUGGGGCUGCAGUCAAGAAGGCCCCACCAAUCACAAGUAGGAUAACUCUGGAUUACAAUCUGCCUCUCCUCAAAACUAAAGAGCUUCGAAAGAAUAAAGUUUUACUCACUGCAAAGAUUCAAAACAAGAGUAACAAAUCUAAUAACAAAUAUAUUGCUAAUUUUAUCUUUGACAGUAAAAACUACCCUGAUGCCAACUUUGAUACAACAAUUGAUAUUCAGCAUAACAAAGCUGACACAAAGUAUGUAAUGUACUUAAAGCACGGAGCUAAAGCAAAGUCCGAUAAGGCAAAGGAUGUUGAUCUAACUAUAGAGGCAACUGUUAGCCGUAAGAUUGAAACAUCUGCAGCGGAAAUUAAUUAUAACUUCAAAUUUCUCUAUCCUCCAAAGAGCUUAGAGUAUGAAGUGAUAGGUAAACACAUGCACGACAUCAGCAAAAAACUAAAACUGGAGACCUACGCUAACUUCAUCUACGGUAAAGGCAAGUUUGUGGAAGUGCGGCUUAUGGCUAAUGAUUUUAGCAUGAAAAAUGUGCUCAACGCUACAGGUCUGCUGGAGGUCAGCUUCCCGUUGUAUAAUACAAAGGAUCAGACGGUGGAGAGCAAGAGCUACUCUCUAGUCUCCUCCGUGUUUCAAGACGUCAACAAAGACUACAUCCACACCAUCAGCCUCACAAUGGACAAAAAGUUCAAACACUCGGCCGUCACCAAGUUCAUGAAAUUAAAAAAUGGCCAGUUUAACUUUUCUUCUGAGAUUGAAGUCAGGGGAGACAAGCCUUCUAAAGUAACCCUGCAGGUGUCCAGCAUUCAAGACACCUUUGGUGGGUCAGUUAAUUUUGUUAUAAACAAGGAUGUCUAUGGCGCUGGGAUGAGCCUGAAGAUAGAGAAAAGCCCACUGUACACGUUUAUGUGGAACGUCAUCGUGCCAGAUACGUCGGUUAAAGGCAUGGUCAUGGCUGGGAAAAAACAAGUUGGAGAGGCCAUAUUGAAUUUUGAAGUCUCCUGGGAUGAUGAAAAAGAUAAAACACAGAAUGUUGGUGUUAGCUUCUAUGCUUACCGACCUGAUAACUCUCUCUUCAACGUAACAAUAGUCGCCACAACAUCAUUUGAAAAUCAUAAGAUAUAUCAGAUUAGUAAAACCAUGAAGAAUAAUCCAAAAGAGUAUCAAAAUGAGUUGAAGAUGAUUUGGGGCAUGUUGGAUAAUCAACUCUCAUACACGGUAUGGCUUGCAUUACCUGCGUCUGUUGAAAAAUUUGAAAUGAAAAUGGCUGCUGUCACGCCGUGGGCGCAGGUUAAAAAAGUCGGAUUGGAUAUGUUGCACAAAUGGGAUGGUUCACGUUACUUGUCGACAGGAAUCAGUGGCACCUACAACGACGCCUACCUCACGACUGUCGUCAAGUACACCAACAGGAAUGACGUGACUAAAAAUGAUAUUUCAGCCUCUCUAAACGUGACCUCUUCGUAUGCGAAAUGUAGAAAUGUCCUCGUUAGCUUAAGCCAUACCAACAAGGGUAAAAACUACGCAACGGAAGCUGUUUAUGAACGCAAUGAAAACCUGUAUAAGGUCAGGCUGACUGCAACAUUCUUGAACAAGACCAAUGAAGUUUUAAUAGACUCUAAGCUUGAGGUCCUCAUCCCUCUCAACAACCCAAUGAACAUGCAGCUGAUGUUGACUGGCUCUGAGGCUAAAGUGAACUCAACCGUAAGCUUCACCUGGAAACCAGAGUACAACAGCAAACUUGUCGCUGGAGCAGUGGUAAACAGAAAGAUGAAAGACUAUGCGUUAGAUGUUGCUUUAUCAUUGCCAUUGAAGGAGUUCUCCCACCUCGAAGUUCAGAUAAGACACAACAUGUUGAACUCGGUGACUGGCUCGGGGUAUGUACGUGUAAACAAAAAUGAUGGAACAUCCGGUAGUUUGACGUACUCCGGCUCCAGAUUUGUUCUAAGUACAAAUAAUGGCUUAGCCUCAAGAACCAAGGCUGAAGCUGUUUAUGUGGAAUACCCAUACACGUUUGUGUUUUCACAUGAUUGGCAGGACAUCAAGACAAGAAUAACCAACACCAUCUCACUGGAUGGUUCUGUAUCUAAAUCAAGUAAUGGCGAUAUUAAGGCCGAUGUUAAAGUGCUAACACCUUUUGACGGAGCAAGGAACUUAGACCUUUCUGGUACAGUCAUGAAGAAAACAUCAACAGCGUGGAACUUUGGGAUGCUGGCUUCUGUAGAUGUUGGUAAAGAAAUCACGGUGGACGUGAACGUGGGCACUUCAUCCAUGAGGUCUAUUGAUGGCUCAAUUAAAACACCUUUUAAAGAACUGUCGCAGGUAAACUUUGGACACACCUUUGAUAUAGAUGAGAAGAAAAGGUACAAGGGGGAGAGCUACCUGGAGGUGCAGCCAUACUUCAACAAGGUCAAGCUGAACAUGGAGCAGGAUUUGGUCUACAACCGUCAGCUGACAGGACUUUACCGUUUGGAGAUACCUGACACAGAGCUAAAGACGCUUGAGAUCAAUUAUGAAACAAAACAAAACAAGAAAACUUGUAACACUGACGUAAAAAUAAACUACUCUCCUAACAAGGAAAUUAAACUUAGUUUUAUUGGUAAUAACAUUGAUAAAACUAAAUUCCCUGCCGACACUUCACUCAAAGUGGAUCUAACAACACCGUAUGAAAUUCUUCCUACGCUAAACAUACGAGGAAACAUUGACAAAAGUAAAGAUAUCUGGAAAGGAGAAUUGAGUUUGGAUUCCGAGUCCCGCAUUCUGAAAUUUUUCAAAGUGAAAGGAAAGCACAGCGCCACAGAAACAUCUACGUACAAUGACAUUGAGAUUUCCUCCUCCCUCUCUGAAACAGUAGCAGCCGGAGUGCAGCUAGACUGGGGUGAUGCCAUCGGCGCCAACUUCACCCUCACUGCCCCGAGUGUCAAGCGUACCAUGAUUGGGUUUAAAAAAUUAUCCAAUUCCUGGACUGACUUCCAGAAUAAAAUUUUUGCCGCACACAAUGGCUACGACCUGGAUCUAGAUGUUGGACUCAAGCAUCGGGAUGAGAGCACCCGAGCCUGGUUGACCUACGGCUUCCCCGGGGCAGACACCAGCUACAUAAAGGCGACGGUUCACAGAGAUGGGAUGACCACCAACGACUUCAACAUUGGUGGUUUUCUUCAAGUAGGGAAGACCUCUAGACCGUACAAUGUCUCUAUGCAGUAUUCUAAUUUAAUAUCCAAGACAGCUCUGGGCACUACUCUAGAAACUCCAUACACUAAAUCAUUGUCCUACUACCUAAAACGGGAAAAUAGUGAAGAACUAGGUAAAAGAAUCCUCACCGUGUAUGGUAAAUAUGGCCAGAAAUAUCUCAUUGAUUUUUACACUUCCAUGGGGCUCUCACAGACCAAGUUUGAAUACAAUAUCCGAAAUGAAUACUUGUUUGAUGGCGUGGGCAGAAAAGCUGGCACUAUUGUAAGCAGCCAGUGGCAACCGAACGGUGUGCAGGUAGAGGCAGAACUGGACAGCUACUACAAUGACCACAAGGUUAACAUAGAGCUAGGUAGAAAUGUUGAAACUGUGACCAGCGCUAUGACCACACAGAAUGCUUACCUGAAGGUGAAAACGUCUUUCCAAGACUACAAUGACGUCGGCUUGCGAGUGGCUGUUGACUGCCAGGAUAACAAACAUGAAGGGACGAUAACUUUGGUGUACAAAGAUGAUAACGAAGCAGUUUUGUUAUUCAAUGCUCUGAAAUCUGGGGAAAGCAACUGGAACGUGGAUUCAACACUGACUCUACCAAUAGUUGAAUACAAAAGUAAUAAACUCAACUACAAACACGUAUUUGAAAACAACAAGUUAACUGCAAACGCUGUUAUUAUAGCUGGUAAUGGGGAACAGCUAGGCGGAAAGAUGAUAUUGGCUAAUAAUAAUGAUAUGACACUUACAGUAACAGGCCCGUUCAAAGCUUUUGAAUUUUUGACAGUCACUGGAAAAUACAACGAAAAAGAACAAAAAGUCAAUGGCCGCGCGUCUUUGAAACUGACACUAGCGCAGCAACCAGCAACACUGGACUACGACAUUGACAACAACAACUACCAGCCUGUCAACAUGAACUUCAAGCUGGACACGCCGUACCAGAAUGUCAAGUCUCUGAGUCUGGCGGUGGAGCAUUUCUUCCAGGGCUGGUCUCAGGUCAAGACGACCUCCACCCUCAAGUCUGAAGUUUACGGUGAGGCUAAAGCCAAGUCUAAUCUGAGCUUCAGGUCUAUCCUUGAUAUGUAUGGGGAUGCUACUGUAACAGGUACCAUCAAAAACAUGGAAAAUCUCAAGUUGAACUUUAAGUCAAAAGAAUCUGGCACAACCCGCUCCUCUCUUCUUAACUUCGGCUGGCAAGCUGGUAAAGAAAUAACAUUAGUAAACAAGUACGAUUUGGCUAGAGAUGAUGAAAGCACCAAACUGACCGCAGACCUUGAACUUGCUACGCCGUUUGACGAAGCCAAGAUGGCCAAUCUGAAGCUUACACACACCUUCGGACAAAAAACAGUGAGCGAGGCCAUCGUUUUGACCCACAACAACAAAGAUUUAUUGGAUGUGGAUCUCAGCUACAAGUUUGGAGACAAGCAUGAGGGAAACAUCAACAUGAAGAGCCCACGACCCAUGGCAAUGUCACUGGUCGGCAUGGCUGACCCCAGAAAACUGGACGGCACGUUCAAACUGAACUGGGAUAAACUUUCUCCGGAAUCCAACAUUGAGAUCGUCUCCUUCUACAACGAUAAAUCAGACGACAACAGCUUGGAUAAAAAUUUCAAGUUCAGAGUUCUUCACCCUGCGCGGAUUAUGGGCCUGACGAGCAGCUUCAAGAAAUCGGAUAAGGAAAUGCUCAGCUCCGGUCAGAUCAGCUGGGACGAGCACAACAGCAACACCUUCUUGUAUGACAUCAGCUGGUUGAAUAGAACGUCCAUGUACAGUAAAAUGUACGAGGGUCACGUCAAAGUUGGCGUGCCACAACGCAGUGUGAAGAUCCAAGGUUCCCAUAGCGACGUCGACAACAGCCAGACCACUUAUGGUGCGUUUUUCUGGGAUGCUGAAAAAGAUGAGAAAAAGAAGGUUACCAUGACAACAACAGUAGAAGACCGAGAUAACCUGAAGCGUGUUAACCUGAACAUUAACCUGCCUACCAUCAACAAGCAACUCAACUUGGGAGCCACCACUAGGGCCGGCUAUGGCUCCACACUUGUGGACAGUAAAGCUGAAAUCUCCUACUCAUCCGAUCCAAGGAAGACAAUCACAGUGACCUCGGUGAUCACCAACUCCCACAGCAGCUCACAGAAAAAUUACAACUACACUGCGGAUCUCACCUUUGAGCAUCCAGUCACCAACACAAAUAUACAGAUCACUUCCCAUGUUGGUAAAGUUGAGAAUAUUUGUUCAGCUGGAAGCAAGUUUACUUUCUUUACUGCUAACAUGGAACAAAAGUCCUUAGAAUUCUGGACAAAGCUCGACAGAGAGAAUAAACUCAUGGAUCUUAAGGUUGCCACACCCAUAAAGACAGUUGCCAUUCAAGGAAAAGUUGACGAAACUCCUAGCUACCAACAAAUUGUUAUAACCAGCUAUGAAGAUGACAAACAGACUCUCAACUUGAAUCUUGCAAGGGACAUGAAACGGAAGAAGAUUAAUGUUGAGUUCAACUAUGAUAAUGAAAACCCCAGGAAAAUGGUCAGCAUGGUUGGCCGGUACGUCAAUGAUAGUGCAGUGCAAGUUGACAUACUCUCACAAAAUGGUGGACAGCCUCUCUCCGAAGCAAUGAUAGCUUUUAGACUCAACACCUCACAAAUUCUACACACCCGUGUUCUGUGGAGGCCAACACUUUUCAAUGAAAUGCAGACAUACUUAGGCACAAAAAUUACAGCCUUUUCCUACUCUGCCAACGAAGUAUUUGCCAACAGUGUGAAUCAGAUAGGAGUAGAUGUAAAGGCCAAAUAUUUGUUGAUAUCACAAGAGCUGAUGUCAGAAAUGGGUCAGGUGUUUGACCUUAUGGACAAAGAAAUGCAUGGACUGAGCAAACAGAUGGAAACUGUGAGGACUGAGUUCCGUCGGUUCUACCAGCGUAACGACCUAAACAUCAAACUUCUGGGGGAUUCAAUUAAAGCUGCCUUUGAUAACAUGCUAAAAGACCUGCAGACAGCUGUUUUGAAAUACCGUGCCUACUGCAACAGCAUCAAUGAUGCUACCAGUGAUUGGCUCAACAAGCUUAAGACCUAUCCCAUUGCUUACAAAUACACCACCACAGUUGAAGAGCUCGUUAAUGGCUUAAAGAACUUCCGUGGACUGCUCGAGAAAGCCCUCAAAGAUGUGUCUGUUGAAAUGGGAAAAUUCUCAGAUAUCUCACACAAGAAAUACCUCGAGCUUUCUAGGUCUCUUGAUCGCAAAUUAAUGAGUUAUACCCGAUCUAUCCAUGAGCUGCCCAUGUAUAAGAGGAUGAUGCAGCAAGUUCAAGGAUCACUCCCAGGUCAAUCUGACUGGAUGAAUACCAUGUACAUGAAAUGGCAGCAGAUGCUCCAGGAUCAGUACCAUGAUUUCAUGGCUAGGCCGGAGUUCCAACACACCUAUGCUGUGGCCAGUGAAUUCUAUCAACAGAUCAACUACUGGAAAGCAGAGAAGAGUUUGGAUGCAGCAGUAGAGAGACUGUUAGAGCUGGCCAAGAGCCUGGUCAUCCUUGAGUUAUCUGAAAUCAAGAAAACACUAGAAGGGUCCCGCGUUAUUGUUUAUGACCUAGAGAGAGGAGAACUGCAAUUUGAGGUCCACAUGCCUGUGGCCGUGAAUUCUCUGACUGAAGUGCCAAAACUUAAAGUCAACAGCUACCUGAACAACUUGCAGCAGUGGACAAAGGUCAAUGUUCCAUCCUCCAUUACAGACACACUGAAUGGUUACUAUGACUACGUCCCAUAUCUACAGCCCUCAAAAUGGAAGCCUGCUUUCUAUGGUUCUGCCUACAUUGUUGGAUCCCAGCAUUUCUUCACGUUUGAUGAGUCACAAUUUGAUUUCUCCAGCACAUGUAACUAUAUCCUGGUUCGUGAUAUGCUCAACGACAGCUUCUCUGUGGUUGUCAACUAUGAGAAGAAAUCUGGCAGGCCACAGAUCAAGUCUCUGUGUUUUACCAUUGAGGAUUCUUACAACUUUGAGAUUUCAGAUGAUUACAAAAUAAAGGUACUCAACAAGGAAGCAGAGAUGCCUUUAACAACAGAGAAGGUUAAGAUUGUCCGUGAUGGGGACUUCAUCCGUGUGAACUACUACGGUGGACUGGAGGUGGUUAGCAACCCCAAACUUGAUAUGUAUCAGGUGAAAGUAGCCGGCUGGUACCACGGCAAGCUGUCUGGAAUGUUGGGUCGCUAUGACAAUGAGCCAGUCAACGACAAAGUGCCAGACACAAAACUGACCAGCUUUGAAGUGACCAAAAAGUCCUGCAAUUCCAAAAACGUGGCUGUGGCUCCCAGAUCACCCGAUGUUUCCGACUUGUGCGAGAAAGUCUUCAGAGGGGCUGGCUCUAAAUACAAACCUUGCUUUAAAAAGGUUGAUCCAUCACCCUUCAUAAAUUUGUGCAGAGUUUACAAGACUGAGAUGGCUGAAACUGAGGCUGUUACUAAAGUCAUUGACCAGUAUAGAUUUAUGUGUGAAGAGUAUGGUGUCUACCUAGGUGCUCAUAAAGAUUACAAUUCCUGUAGCAACCCUGAAAUGACAAAUGAGAUCCCAGAAUCCACUUUCAAAACAGCAGAUGUUUUAUUUGUUGUGGAAGAAAAUCUCUGCAAUUCUUGGGCUGCCACUUCUUUAACUUCUGUAGUUACAGAAAUCAACAAAAUACUCUCUGCUUCAGAUAUGACUGAAAACAGGUUUGGAUUGUUGACCUAUGGUGGUGUGGACAACGAUAACCUUGUAAGAACAAUAAACGGUCAACACUUUGGUGAGGCAUCUACAUUCCUCAAGGCCACCGAAACUUUACGGUCAUUAAACAGCCCAGCAACACCUUACUUCCCAGGUGCCUUGAAGUCUGCAAUGGAUUAUCCUUUCAGGGCUGAUGCAGCUAAAAUUCUCAUCGUUGCCCCAUGCUCAUCAUGUGAUGGCAGCUACCUUGAGAAAAAAUAUCUGACCACUUUAACCCAGUCCAAAGGGUUCUUGGUCCAUCUUUUACAAAAACAGGACUUCAAAUUAGAUUCCUCUAUUAGCAGACCAAGAAAGUUCAGAAUUUAUGGUGUGGACAAUACUAAAGCAUUCACCAAUGACCCAGUCAGUGCUGAUACACAAGUACUGUUGGAAAACAUAGAAGGGACAACAGACGAAGAUUUCUGUCAGGAGUUGGUAGAGAGUCUUGAAGGAUCCGUGUUUGAUACAGCAAAUUUUAAUGAAAAACCAAAACAACACAUAGACUUUGUUCAGUCGUUUGCUAAACGAGUUGGGUUGAACAUCAAGUCAUCCCCAUGUCAGACAUGUACAUGUAAUGCUGAUUCAGGAGAGAGGGAAUGCCAGCUUUGUAAUGCCAGCUCCUUGCCUUACUAUUUACACUUUGAGCCUCCCAGUGUCCCCAAAGUUUUAAAAACUUUUAACGACUUAAGUCAUGAAGUCAAAAGAUUUAUUGGACUUGCAUAGUGCUACAGCCAGACACAAACCUUUUAUGAAGUGAAGAUUUUUAAUUAUAAAUGUUUUACAGUCCUUAUACUUUAAAAUGUAAUAUUGUAAACAACAGAAAAAAAAAUCUUAAAACUGUUAAAAACCAGUUUUUUCACCAGAAUCAUUUUCAAUCAAAUGUAUUUAUUUUAUUUUUUUCAAAUCAGUUUUCGCUUAUUUAAAUUCACAUCAGAUAUAAAUACACUUUAAUGUAAUAAUAUUUGUUGUAAUUUAAUCAUUUAUAUGAAGGAAAUUACAAAUUUUCUUGUAUAAUAGCUUCAAUGUAUUCUUGUGAUGAAUAGCUUUUUCUUUACAAAUAAGGUCAUAGUAUUAAUUUGUACAUUAAUUUGAUAAAUUCAUUAAUUAUUUUUUUUAUAAGAGAUUAUUUCAUCAAUAAAAUUAUAACAAAUUUUGCUAUGACUUUUAGUUUUUCUGCUUAAGCAAGUUUCAAUGCACAUCUUAAAAUUUCUGGUAACAAUUCUUUUAAAAUUACACCUUACUUUAAGAGACUUUUUAUCUUCCAUGAAUAAAAAUAAAAAGCAAAGAGGUUUU